UGAAACUAUGUUUGUGUACAGUUUUUAAUCCGCAAGCUUUUGAGUUUUUAUGAUUUGUUUGAGGUAUACUUAGAGGUGUCAAAAUUUCUGAAGCGAACGUUACGUCCAAUACCAAAUACAGACAUAGACAUGCCAAGUAAGCCGGCUGAGAGUUUAAGCUUGAAUAAGUUUAUGUGGAAGUGAGAUUCUGAAUGGCACUCAGAUGAGAAACACUACUGGAUUCGUGGGAGCCAUUACUAUGAUUGAUCCAAAAAUCGAAAGAAUAGUGUUUUUAAACUGUUAAAAGUUUGCAGUGUAUACCUCAUGAUGAAAAAAAUCAUACUUAAACUGGCUAGAUAGCUAAUCGUUAAGCCAACUAUAUUAUUCGAGGCUAAUUUUAUCAUUUAAGAGAUUCAAAGUAAAAUUUAUACAGAUGUCACAAUGUACGUUCCUGUAUGAGUGUGGUGUAGUUUUAAAAUCGUCAAAUUUAAUAGUACCAGUCCUGGUUAGUCGUCCAACAAUGUUGGUAGAGUCUUGUGGCUGCAGGAGAAUUAAAGAUAUCAGCCACAUAUUAGUCAUCUUUUUCUGUUUACUUGUGUCUGUUACUGAGUGUGUGCAACGGCUUAACGAUUACAUUCGGCAUUACGAGCCUUUGACUUAUGAUAGUCGAGAACUACACAAAAAUCAUUUGAGAUUAAAGCGCUUAGUGCCAGGUGAUGAUGCCCUUCAUCUUGAAUUUCGCUCUUUUGGUCGAGACUUUAAAAUAAAAAUGAGGCAAGAUGACAGCAUGUUUAGUGACAAUCUUCUAAUUGUUAACUCGAAGAAUAUACCUGUGGAACUCGAUAUUUCUCACAUCUACCUAGGACACAUAAUAGAUGAACCUGGUAGUCAAGUAUUUGGAAGUAUAAGCUAUGGCAUCUUCCAUGGAAAGAUCAUAUCACCGCGUGAUGGUGUUUGGUGGGUGGAAAAAGCACACUACUACUUUCCGAGGCAUGAGCACAAUGAAAGUAUUCACUCUGUAAUUUAUCACGAGGCUGAUAUUGAGGAUCCGUACGAACAAAUUCGAACAGGAGAUUCGAGUGGCUGUGGAAUAACUAAGGAAGUUACAGAGUGGAUGGAUCGCAUUCAAAAUUCGGCUAACCCCAAAGCACUUGUCCUACCAGUAGUUUCAAAGUGGUCGACAAUCGAUGAGACUAAAAGCAAAGUUAUAGUUGCUAAUGAGUUUAAGAAUCCUGGUCACAAGUACAGCAAAGAAGCAAACUUGCUGAUUCAUAAAAAUAUUAGAAUAAAACGAGCAACAAGGCUAAAGGAAGAAGGCAAUAACAAGAAUACAUGUUCUCUUUUUAUUCAAACUGAUCCACUUAUUUGGAGACAUAUUUUUGAACAGCUGAAUCAUGACGAAGAAAAGACACGAGAAGAAAUUCUGUCUCUUAUUGCACAUCAUGUGACGGCCGUUAACUAUAUCUACCGUGAUACAAAGUUUGAUGGAAAAAUUGCGCAUCGAAAUAUUAAAUUCGAAGUCCAAAGAAUAAAGAUCGAUGACGAUAGUGCAUGUGGACAACCACAAAAUUAUGGUGAUCAAAAUCCUUUUUGUAUGGAAAAUAUUGAUGUCAGCAACUUCCUGAAUCUUCACUCUUUGGGUAAUCAUGAGGACUUCUGCUUGGCCUAUGUUUUUACGUACAGGGAUUUUACAGGUGGUACGCUUGGACUCGCAUGGGUAGCUUCAGCUUCAGGUGCUUCGGGUGGUAUCUGCGAAAAGUACAAGACAUAUACGGAAACAGUGGGCGGUAUGUACCAGUCUACAAAGCGUUCACUUAACACAGGUAUUAUUACUUUUGUCAACUAUAACAGCCGAGUACCACCUAAGGUAUCACAGUUGACUUUGGCCCACGAGAUAGGACACAACUUUGGCUCACCGCACGAUUUUCCAUCUGACUGUAAACCUGGUGGCCUCAACGGUAACUAUAUAAUGUUUGCAUCGGCAACUUCAGGCGAUCGGCCAAAUAACAGCAAGUUUAGCAAGUGCAGUAUUGGCAAUAUUAGCAAUGUACUUGACGCUAUUGUUGACAACAAGAAACGUAAUUGCUUCAACGUGUCAGCAGGUGCCUUUUGUGGCAACAAAAUUGUUGAAGCUGGAGAAGAAUGUGAUUGUGGUUACGAUGAUGACGAGUGUAUUGAUAAAUGCUGCUACCCCCGCCAAGUUUCAGUAAUCGACCGUAUAAAAAACCAGACAGCGAAAGGUUGUAACAGGAGACAAAGUACUCAGUGCAGUCCAAGCCAAGGGCCAUGCUGCUCAAGUGAACACUGCACUUUUGUACCACUGACAGAAAACGUACAGUGCAAAGUAGAGUCGGACUGCAGUUACAACUCAGUUUGCAAUGGUCGUAGCUCAGAAUGUCCUGUGCCGUUACCAAAAGCCAAUAAGACUCGUUGUAAUGAGGGUACUCAGUUAUGUAUAAACGGAGAGUGCACUGGUUCGAUUUGCUUGGAGUGGAAUUUAACUGAGUGCUUCUUGACAAGCAAUGGUGGACCCAAAAGCACUAUUGACAAACGAAAAUUGUGCGAGCUUGCUUGCCAAAAUGGAACUGAUGCUUCAACUUGUCAAAGUACCAGUGAAUUUGCUCAUUUAGUCAAUCUGAGUAAAGGUGGAAUCAGCUUAAGACCAGGCUCACCCUGCAACAACUUCCAAGGAUACUGUGACGUAUUUCUCAAGUGCCGGGAUGUAGAUGCUGAAGGUCCAUUAGCUAAACUAAAAAAUAUGCUCUUUAACAAAAAAACUCUUGGAAACGUAAAGGAAUGGAUGAUGGAAUGCUGGUAUGCUGUGGUUUUAAUAGGCAUUGUCUUUAUUAUUUUUAUGGGUGCCUUUAUAAAGUGCUGUGCAGUUCAUACUCCAUCUAGUAACCCCAAAAAACCACCAGCAAGACACCUUAGUGAGACACUACGAAGACCGAUGAAUACCUUGAGAAGAAUGAUGACCUACUUCUACGAAAGAUAG